AUGGUUAGCCCGACGCUUCCCAUGGAUAACACCCCACACUCCCCCGCGACCCGUCACCACCCACUGCCUGAGGUUGUCAUCUGGCGGGCAAUUAGGCGAUACAAAAUACGGCGAUUGACUAAACAGAUCAGAAUCGAAGACAACUGGCUAUUCGAGGUCGCUCUGAACGGCCAACUCGCAAAGUACCACUGGCCCAGGCUUAUGCAUACGCCUGCAACUCUAGAACGGAUCAGCCAGUUUUUGGAAGACCUGGGCGCGCUGCGGAAGAACUCCUCUGCACAUGCCCGUAUUCUAAUACUGGGUCUCUUGCUAGCUGGCCUGCGCCCACAAGCUGAAGCACCACAAAUCCACAGUCUGGCCUAUUGCAUGGCCCAGCUUUGUGACCAGCCUGACGCAGUUGCCCACCGAGCAAUGUUCAUUUCACUUUAUCCCCAGGUUUGUCACCACGUCUUGCGAGAGUUCAACAGCAUCCUGGUGGAGAUCCGCACAGCAGCAAACCACCCCCCGGCACCGGCCCAGCCGAGGGCGCGACCACGCCACACCGCGCCAUCGACCGGGGCUGCUGCUGCGACUGCUGCUGCCGCUGCCGGUGUUAUCUAUGCACCUAUCAAAUCAAAGCGGACGCUGGCACCACGCACUCAGCUGCCGCUCCUAACUGCAUUUUUAACAAGUAUACUCCGGUAUAUUUGGAUAAUUUAUAUCGUUACCUCAAACUAG